CCGAGAGAACCUGAGAUGACCCCAGUGGGGCUCCGUAUAUUUGGGCUGCUGACGGCGCAACAACUACAUCCGGGUAACUGUGGUGACCUUGGUUGGUUGAUCAUCAUGGCGGCUAUCGUCAGGUUGAGUUCUGUGUGUCGCAGAGGAGUCAAACCUCUGUUCUACCAAAGCACUUUGCUGGCCAGGCCGCUGGUUGUACCACACAAAUACCAGGAGCAGCCCUACCUGCUGACAGCCAAGAUCCAUGCAUCCCAGGCUCUGCACGCGGGCUCUGGCUCUAAAGCUGCCUCUCUGCACUGGACAGCAGAGCGAGUUGUGAGCAUCCUGCUGCUGGCCAUGGGGCCCGUAGCCUAUUUGAACCCCAGUCCUAUGGUGGACUACUCCCUGGCUGCUGCCCUGACCCUGCACGGACACUGGGGUAUCGGGCAGGUGUUAACAGACUACGUUCACGGUGACACAAAGAUCAAGAUUGCCAAUGCAGGUCUCUUCCUCCUGUCCACGGUGACCUUCGCUGGUCUUUGCUACUUCAACUACAACGACGUGGGCAUCUGCAAAGCCAUCGCCCUGCUCUGGAGCAAAUGAAUAAAACUGGACUGGGAAACUUGGGAGGACCUAGACACUGGGACGCGAGCGAUCUUGUCCUGGCUGAUUGUAAAAAUUCAAGCUGUUCUAUGUAAAUUCUUAUAAAUAUAUCAUUUUGACAAUAUUACGGUGAUUCACAAGUGUGUAAUUGUAAUUUCGUCGAUCAAUUCUGGCUCAUCUGUUAAGUUCUUGCUCAGUUUAGUUAAAGUAAUGAUUUUGCAACAAGCAUCCAUUUUCGAAUAUGUGGAGACUAGCUUGUUUGUUUUCAGUGUGGACUACGUUCCACUGUAGAUCCUGAACAGCAACAUGUCCAGUUAUUUAAAGUGUCACUACCAGUUCUACAAAUAAGAGAUAUCCAAUAUACUGAAAUGUAAUUGUUAUAUUUACUGUGGACAUGCAUGUUUUCAACGAAACUGCUACAACUUCUAUCAAGUUGUACAGGCUAGUUUGAUUUAAUUUAUUUUUUAAAUGGUCCUGGUCCUUUUUGUGGCAGAUUUCUUAAAUGUGUUUUGUUUCUAUCACAAUGUGUACAUAGUACUUUUUGCUCUGACACUUAUCAGGAAUAACAGGACAGUACUACAGAUCUGAGCAGCGUUCGUAAGAGAAGUGACCCUUCUGGAACCGCAGUCAACUUUCUCAUUUCCUGUACUUAGAUGUGCUUUGUGCUAGUUGAUCUGUGUUCAAAAGGGGAACCGAGGCUUGCUCAAUAGUUAUUGGAGCACAGAGCAAAAACAUGGCCCUCCACUCUAUUAUUUGUGGAGGGCAACCCCACACUUACAAAUUAAUGGAUACACGGUCCACUUUGUAUGUCUGUUAUUACUCACCAUGUCGCUCAGUUUCGGUGUACUCCAAGGAGCAAAUGUUGGAAGCAACUUGAAGUCACAGGUUGUAUUGUGAAACCUCUACCCUCAGGUCUGCAUGUACUUGCAUCGGCCUGUUUAAUCCAGGAGAUUGCUGCUCUGUCAAAGGUUCAUUGAAGUCAAGGGAGGCUACAUCUGACCAGAAAUUCAAGCCAUCCAGUAAUACUCAAUCUUCCUGUGCAUCAGCACAAUGGCUAAUGAAGUCUAGCAAAGUCUUGUCAGCUAACAGUGUAUAAUCCACAGCAGGAUCUGAAAUCAACAGCUGCACAUUGCCGUCCUCACUCAAGACAGUAACAGUGACUAAUAUGAAUGCCUCUAACAUAUUGAGUCAUGUUGUACUUCAUGUAUGGAUUACAAACUCCUUCCACUGUGAGUGAGCAAACUGCACAUUAAAAAAAUACAUUUUGAAAAUAGUAACAAUGUACUUUUAUUUAGACCAUUUUACAAUUAUUAUAGUUAAGUUUACAACCUCAUGGCAAAUAAAACAGUCAAUUUCAGGCACUGUUCCUGAACCAGUGAGAGCCCGUUUGAUAAAAUUGUGUCAGGUAAUCUAGGAACACUAACUCAUGGUAUACACACACAGUCCUUGCAUGCAGCUAUUAGUACCAGCAAUUGUCUGUGUACUGCUGGAACAAGUGUUAAUCGCUGUAAAAAUUGAGUUCUGCAUUCAAUCUGUUGAUGAGAGCUUACAAUACGGUUGAUCUGUUUGCUUCCUACAGCAAUUGUCCAUUUGUGAUAUCUGUUCAAUUCAUGUUAUUUCAGAUUAUACGCACAAAAUGAGAUGUGGCAAGGAAAAUGUGCUGUUCCUGCCUCAGCAGAAUAAAGUUGGCUUUACAGAUGUUUUCA